AUGUCGAGCGAGUUUCACUCGUUUAUUGAUUAUGUGUCUCUUAGAAGAUCUGACGAUGACGACAUCGAGUAUGAUACGGAUCGAAUGGACGAAAUCCGUAAGAGAUUUGAAGAACUAUACGAAGGUAAAAAUAUAGACGAUGGCUGCGAACGACGCGAUACCUUGGAAAUCUUGAUGACUGAAUUGAAAAUAAUUAACGAUGAACCUAAUUUCAAAUAUCUUGAUUUAGUUGUUCGACAGGAAUCUGAUGAUGGGAUUAAGAUCGAAUUAGGACAGAUUUUUCAGCCUUCUACGGAAAUGAGUGAUCCAAUUGAUAGCUUUAGAAAUGUAACGACAACACCGCCUGUUUCUGAAUUACCAAUAACAGUUGAAUCAUCUUCCACACCAUCAGCAGCAGCAACAACAACAACAACAGGGCCAGCAACCACACCAGCAGAAAAAACAGAAAUCAUCGACGAUGUUAUUUGUAUAAUCCAUCAAAAGAGUCUACCACGGGAUGAAAUUCAAGAUUUUUUCAGAGAAUUUCUGUUUUUAAAAGUUCAACCACCUCAGCAACAAUCAAUUCCUCCUGAAUUCGAUGGCGAAGCUCAUGAAUUAGACAAGGGUACUAUGUUGGAUUUAUUUAUUCGACAACAAAUGUUAGAUCGAGAUUUAAUUACAUUUGUAAGUCCAAGAAGUCGUUUUCGUCUUGUUGAUCCGAUUAGUUUGACUGAUGAAUUUGAUUCUUGGAUAUUCGAUCAUUUUCAUGGUCUGAUGGAUCUUUGGCUAGCUAUUGAUUUGACAAAUCAAAGAAAAUUUCCCGAAAAAUGGAAACUCAGUGCAACAGCGAAUAUAAAAUAUGCUAUUGUCGAACAGUUACCAUCGGCUGAUGCUGAACAGACAAGGAAACAUAUUGAACGGCCAAGUACAAAACAAUUGGAAGGUUUCAUUCGAGAUAUUUGUCAAAUUGAAGAUAAUGGUUUAGCUGAUGUGUGGCUUAAAGCAUUGAGAAAAAAAGAAAAUAUUGAAACCUACGCUCAUUUAGCAAAUCUCAACCAACAAGAAUGGGAAAAGAUUGAUGAACUACCAAUGAAUGCGUUGAAGAUAAUAAAGUUUUAUGUUGACAGAGAAAAGCAAAUGACUGAAGAGCAUAAAAAGAAAAAAGUUGCUGGUACCAAUACGACACAAAAUGAUUCAUAUUCGAAAUCAGAACUGCGUGCUAAUUUACAUAUGAUUAAGUUAUACUUUGCCCGGCAAGUAGAAGAUCAAGAAGGGGUUCCGACGCUUCCCAGAUUAGAAAAAUUCUGCGUUCAAACAGCAUUUAAAGAAAUGCGUGACGAAGGUUAUGAAGAUGACGGACUUUUCGAUGAAAUGCAACUAUUCUUUCAGCCAUUGACAAUCACGGACGAUGAGUUAUCUAUUGAUGCCGCAAUCAUAUCGAGUGUGCUUCAGGCCGAAUUCACGAAAAUGGACCAUUUACGAAAUGAAAUCAACACCUUAAAUGACAAAUUGGAAAGUAAAAAAACGGAGUUAAAAGCUACACAAAAUGAAUAUACAGACUUAGAGACACAGCGAAAUGAAAGUGUAGACUUUAAUUCCAAAAGACCGCCUCCGAGUAAUUUUCAAGAGAGAGCAGAUCGAGCUCAAGAACGGACGGAAAAAGAUAAAACAUGGAAGAAAACGAAAGGCGAUUAUACAAAAAAAAUUCAGAAUUUGGAGGACAAUAUCAAAGUAAUUGAAACAUCGAUUGCCACUUUCCAAAAAGAACUCGACGAGGUGAAGAAAACUUCAGAAAGUCAUAAAACAAAAAUCGAUCAAAGAUUAGUGAAACCUCAUCGAGGAUUUAUUAUGUAUGGCCCACCGGGCACGGGAAAGUCAGUAAUUAUGAGUAAACUAGCAAAGAAAAUCGGCAUUGCUAUGCUUGGACCACCACUCGCAGCUGGAGAACUUGAACGGCCUUAUGUUGGUCAAUCGGAAGCGAUAAUUUUAAGUCUUUGCAUCCGCGGAAAUCGCUUGCCUCAUUUAAUGUGUUGUGUUUCGAUUGAUGAAAUCGAUUCACUGGCUCCCAGGCGCGAUGAAGAUUCCUCUGAAGGCAAAGUUGCUAAAAUCAGUGUUUUAUUAUCGGUGAUUGAAGGCAUUAAAGAUGUACCUAAUCUGAUGUUCUUUUCGGCAACGAACCGUUUGCACAUGAUGGAUGAGGCUUUUCUUCGCCGUAUGUCAGGAAAAUUCUUCGUUGGGCGGCCAUCAUCGAGUUCCAGAAAAAAAAUUCUUAAAAGCAUUCCAGAUCACAUCAUAAAACCGGAAAUUCGAGAAAACUUAGCCAUAGCGACAACAAAUUUCAGCGGCGCAGCUCUAAGCGCGUUGAGAAGUGCGAUUACGGUUCAUGAUAUCGCUGUGCGUCGUGUCAAACCAAACUAUGAAAUGCAAGAAAGUGAAGCAUUAUUACUAGCUGAUAAAGUCGCUCAACAAUUUCAAUUAUUUCUUGGUCUUGACACAUUACCACGAUUGAUCUUACAAAAUCUUUAUGCACGGCAGCAAUCAUCGUCAAGAAGGGUGCAAACGCAAAGGGUUGGACUGCUCGAUGAGUAUCGUUUUACAGGAAAGAUAAUCAUUAGUCUGGAGAAAAAGGAGAGAUGCGUACGAAUCGAAGGAAUUCGGACAGAAGACGAUGAACUUUAUAUUACUGAAGAUAAUUUGAAUGACACUGAACAGAACCUUCAACAACUACUUGAACGCAUUACGAGUUAUGGCAACGAUCGUAAUGUUCAAUUGUUACAAUUAAUCGAUUUGAAUUUACUUUCAUCCAAAGGUGCAUACGAAGAAAAGAAAAUCUUCGAAACACUAAAAGAACGUUAUGAUGAAUGUAUCGCUUAUAAACGUUCAAUGAUCGUCUAUGAUCUGGACUCGUUAAUUGGUGUAAAUCGAUCGGAGUCGGAAUCAUCCAUGGGAACAUCGAUUAGUUCAUCGGUCGUGAAUCAAAGUAUUUACACUUACGUUGUCAGUCGUUUUCGAGAGGCGAAACUCGAAGCAAGUCAAGAGAAUAAAAAUGAAGUCAACGAACGAUGGGCAAUCGCUGUUUCACGUGAUCAGUUUUUAUUGAAAAAAUUCGCAGCCGACGUUAAUUUUACAUUGACAGAAGAUCAAGAAAGAGAGCAAGAAGAAGAAGAACGUCGAUCCAAGGUCCCAAUAUUUUGCGCAAAGUGUCGAGACUAUUAUCUCGAAACCGAGAAUAAAAUGGGUGCUUGUACUUAUCAUGAUGGCUUUGUCUACGAUAAUCUCUCGGACAUUUUAGAUAAAUACACUCCGAGUAAAGCAAUUCAAAUGCUGAACAAAGAAGAAGCAGCUCCAUCGUCAGAUGCAGCACAAAAGGAUCAGGCAGACCGGAGAAAAACUCGAUUAAAAUAUAUAUGCUGUUCGGCGACACUCCAAGUUGGCUCCGGUUUCAACGGUUGCCGGAAAGGCGAACAUAACUUUGGUGAUGAGGAUGAGAAAAGGCAACAUGCAGGAAUGAAGAAGAAAGAUCUAAUUAGCAAAUGGGAAGAAGUCUGUUUUUAUAGUGAUGAUAAUUGUCAAGCACAUGAUGAGCUGAUGAAUUCUAGAGGAAGUCCAUAA